AUGUGUACUCAAAAAGCCGAUAGGCUGAUAAUCGAGGAAUCCGGAAGGGGCGGAAGUAAACACGACUCAAGGAGGCAUGGCCAUGGAGGGGUGGGGACGACCGUUAUCCCCUCCACCUCCCGGCCAUGGGGCUCAUGGGUCCACCGGUGGCCUGUGUCAACAGGAAGCUCACCUCCAAGAAACAGAAAGCCAAAAAUAGUAAAUGACUUUACCUCCCGAGUCCCCUCUCAGUUGAGAUCUCAGCCCCUCGCAGUACCCUCCCCGCCGUUGGGAGGGUUCCCUCCUGUCCUUCCCAUCCCCACAGAUUUACUUAGCAUGGACAUGACUCAGCGUCGGGUGAUGUAUAGUUGUCAGGGCUGCUUUGGAGGAUUAUCUCAGCAAUCCAGAAGCCGAUGUUCCAAUUUGUCGAAUAUCUCUGA